GCAACGAACACAGCCACCGUUUCUGCAUGUUGGCUACAUUAUUGCGAGACCUGUAUUAACUCUCGACACAUACUGUUCGACCGAUUAUUACGUAUUCAAGACUAUCUACGAUGGCUCUCGCCUGGAAACGCUUGAUCAGAUUCGAAGCUACCGAUGGCCGUGUUUUAAAAGGAGAACCGAUCCUACCAGAUGAAGAGAUUGAUCUUGGCUUCAUAACCGAGAAAGAUGACCUCAAAGCCCGCGUCCUUUCUGGUGAUGACUAUCUCGACACGACAGGUAAAACGACCAUCACGGACGAGAUAGCCACAGUGAGAAAGAUUUUAGGACCGUUUGCGCAGAGCGACGUGCCCAUUCUUCGGUGUGUAGGGUUGAAUUAUCAAAAGCACAUCAAAGAAGCAGGGAGAAAACCACCGCCGUUCCCGUUCAUCUUUUUCAAGCCAAAUACUACUAUUCAGGAUCACAAUGCACCUAUAGAGAUUCCUAAGGUCUGCCAGAAUGACCAGGCAGACUAUGAAGGAGAACUGUCCUUCAUCAUCGGAAAAGACGCAAAGAACAUCCCACUAGAAAAUGCACUUGAAUAUAUUGCCGCAUAUACUGCUGGGAAUGAUAUAUCUUCACGUAAGUUACAGCGAGAUCCAGCCUACGCCGGCGUGGUGCCACAAUGGGGGUUUUCGAAAGGAUUCGACCACUACGCUCCACAUGGCCCGGUUCUAAUUUCAAGUGAGCUCGCCAAGGAUCCAAAAGAGCUUCAUUUGAAAACCAUCGUCGACGGUGAGGUGCGACAGGAUGAGAGAAUUUCUGAUCUCCUCUUCGACUGUGCCUAUAUAGUCCACUAUCUAUCGCAAGGAACCACCCUGCAAAAGGGGAGUGUUAUUAUGACGGGUACUCCAGGAGGAGUCGGAGCGGGGUUUAAUCCGCCAAAGUGGCUCGUCCCCGGCACGCAGGUAGAUGUGUGGAUUAGUAAAAUUGGAACACUGAGGAACACUGUUGUCUUUGAGUAGAGAGAGAGAGAGAUAUAUAUAUAUAUAUAAAAUAGAUGAAGUUCUCUACAUAGACCGUCUUUUUCG